GAGUAUUAUUACUAUUGAUAUAUUAUUAUAAACAUCGAGUAGUGUAUUAACGUGAUUGUUUUGUUAUUAAUUCUAGGAUAGGCUAAAUCAUAAUCACGUAUUUUACGCAAAAAUUAUAGUGUCGAGGUAACGGUUUGAUCGGUGUAUGGAUACUGCGUUAGGCUUAAUUUUGUAUAUAGUAAGGUUUAGUUACCGUAAAAACUAGUACUCGUAUAGGGAAACGAGUUUAAUGUAAUAGUAAUACGGCUGUUGCUAGAUCUGACUUGAGUACUUUUUGUGUGCAUUGUUAUUGAUAAAGUGGCUAAGACCAAUAAAAUUGUAUAAUAUGUUUAAAAAAAUAAUAUAUAUAUAUCAAAUAGGUAAAUUUUAACUUGAGAAACACUGCAAUUGUGGAAUGCGGUAGUAAACUGUUUUGUCAUUAGGCCCUACUAGUACUAUUAGUAUUAAUAUUAGUACUAUUAUUGUCAGUAUCUAAAACUACGUUCAUUUACCAAGGCAGUAGCAAACUGGUGAAACUGGAAGUUAAAAUUUACUUAACUUGAAGAAUUUAAGUCUUAAGCCUACUUUGAGUUUGAUUGAUUAAGCAUUCAAAAUGGGUAAUUCAAUCAAGCCACAUAUUCAAACCGCAGAAAAGACUGGUGUUUGUCAGCUGGUGAAAAAUGGAUUAAAUGAUUUUCCCCGGGAAUUAUUACCACUCACACAGGUUUUGAGGACCUUAGAUUUAUCUGAUAAUAAAAUUUCAACACUGCCAGGAGCAAUUGGGAACUUUUCUCAACUGAAACAUUUAAUUAUGAACAACAAUAGAAUAAGUUUUUUGCCAGAAGAAUUGGGAAAACUGAAGAAACUCGAGACACUUUCUAUGAACAACAAUCAUAUACUUACAUUUCCUUCAUCCAUUUCUGAUCUAAUCAAUUUGAGAUCAGUAUAUUUUAGUGGCAAUUGCCUUACGGACUUUCCAGUAGUUUUCUGUAAUCUUCGCCAUUUAGAGCUGUUGGAUCUUUCUCAGAAUAAAAUCUCUCAAGUUCCAGAAAUAGUGAAGAAUCUUCAUGUAACAGAGCUAAAUAUCAAUCAAAAUCAGAUUUCUCUGUUGUCAGAAGCUAUUGCUGAUUGUCCCAGACUAAAAGUCCUCCGGGUAGAGGAAAACUGCCUACCAUUAUCUGCAGUUUCAGGAAGAAUAUUAACAGAUUCACAGAUCUCUCUACUAGCUGUUGAUGGUAAUCUUUUUGAAAUGAAAGAAUUUCAUGGUCUUGAAGGUUACGAAAAAUACAUGGAGCGGUAUACAGCAACCAAAAAGAAGAUGUACUGAUAAAAGAGAUGUGUACUGGUGGCCCAAGUGCACAUAUGUAUUAACUUUAAAGGAAUAUUUUCAAUGUUUCCAAAACAGUAUAAUAUUUGUUUUCUUAAGACUUAAAAUUUACUGUUGUUAGCCUGUAAUAUUUUUAUUAUUGU